AUGACCAAAAUUGGAGGCACAAAACAUGCUUGUGCUGCAUGUAAAUAUCAAAGGAGAAAAUGUGCCCCUGACUGCCCUUUUGCUCGCUACUUCCCGGCUGAUCAGCCCAAGGUGUUUCUGAAUGCUCACCGCCUUUUCAGGCUGUCGAAUAUUGCGAGUAUCUUGAACAAGGUUGAUAGUGAUAAAAAGGAUGAAGCUAUGAGAACCAUUAUUUUUGAGUCCACCAUUCGUGCAAAGUAUCCGGUUCAUGGAUGUUGGGGGAUUAUUGGUAAACUCCAGCAUCAUAUACAAAGCGCCAUGAAUGAGCUUCAGUUGGUGAGGGCAACGCUGGCGAGAUACAAAGAGUGUGACCAUUUUCAAGUACCUUCUUCAACAUCACUUUCUGAAAUAAGCACAGCUUUGAGUCAUGCCCUUAAUAGAGGGCAAACUGAUAUGUAUGCAGAAACUGGUGAAAUUUUGAUGAAGCAAAAUGGUUUGAAGGUUGAAGAAAAUUUUAUUUAUAAUGAUGCUAAAGAAUUUCCCAUUACAAUUCCAGAAUUACAAAUUCCUGAGGAUUAUGACUACCCCUUUGAUACAAAUGGGUUCAUUAAUAUCAAUCCAUGUACAGAAUCUUCAAGUUUGGAAUCAGAGGAUGCUAAUAAGGAGCUCUUAGUCCAAAGAAUAAAGGACGAGAAUUCAUGUAUAUAG